AUGGCGGCCACUUUGACACUCCUCAUCCUCCUCUUCAUCACUGUCGUCAUAGAGACAAAACCGUCUCCUCAACAAGACGAGCAGCAGGUCUUACGGUCCCUGUUCGGCUCCCACCUGUCAGCUCUCAUCGUGGCCACGCCCCUUUCUGAUGACAUCAGAGAGGGUUCAGGCGUGGCCCCCGCCCCUCUGGGGUCAGGGGGCCAGAGGAGGGGGGCGGUGCCUGACUUCUUCCUGGAUGUUCUGCGGCGGCAGACCAGGAUGCAGCGGCGGGGCCGGAAGUCCACGGUGGGAGGGGGGGGGAGGGGCUGCUUCGGGAUGAAGAUGGACCGGAUUGGUUCUGUCAGUGGACUGGGCUGUUAG